AUGUUUUUUAUGCUGUGUUGGGCGCUGCUCAUUUCCGGGGAGUUCGAAAAUUAUACGGUACGGAGCGCGCACCACACGAAUCCAUCAUUAGUAGCGAACAGCCCGAGUCUCUACGAGGAAAUUGCAUUCCUUGAGUGUUACACCUCGGUCGUGAUCAAGCUGUUACCGAUUUGCAGGCUAGUUGUAAAUCAGGCAAAAAAAAAAUUGUGCGUUUCGACACCGAAGAAUUUUUGUGAAAAUCUUUCAAGCCGGAACUUCCAAUUUUGCCCUGUGAUAGCCUCAAUUCUGACGGGGUCAUAUCAAAUUGGGUUCGACAAAUUUCUUCCUUGA